AAAAUGUGUAAUAUAAUGUGUAUCAAAUAUUUUAUAUAACAAAAUGUAUUAAAUUCUAGCGAAAUGUCAAUUAAUAAUAAAUAAAUUGUAAAUAUUGAUAAAUUGAAAAUAAAAUUUUUGCAACAAUAUGGCACCUGACUUAGGGGGCUGGAUUCACAAUUUUACAGUGACCGAUACCCAAACCCAUAAGGGUGGUUAUACUUUGUAUAAAAUUACCUCGAUUGUUUUUCCCAGAUCUGUGCCACAGGCUCUAACACAAAUUGUGGUGUGGCGUCGUUUUCAUGAUGUAAAACGACUUCAUCGUGAUCUCAAGCGACGACAUAAGAGUUUGCAAUUGCCUGGUUAUUUGCCAGAGCCUAUAGAUUGUUCUUUCUUUAAACGUUUCGAUAACGAUAUCAUACAAAAACGCAAGGAGUACAUUUUGCAAUUGUUGGACUUUGCUGCCCAGCAUACGGCCUUGUAUAAAUGUCAUGCAUUUGCUCAAUUUUUCAAUGAAACUACGCCCCCAAAUAAAAUUCAAACACUAGUGCAUAAAGCCGUCAGAGGUUUAAAUAAAAAUUUGGAAUUAUUGCAAGAUCAAAUAGAUUUUGCCAGAAAAGAAUUACCUGAUAAGAAAACGUCGGCAGUAAUAAAUCAUGUUGUUGAGACAACAACGACGGCAACAACACAGCAACAAGAUGAAAAAUGUAAUGCAAAAGAACAAGUGGUAGUAGAGGUGGAAGAUGGUGAAGAGGAGGAGGAGGAAGAAGACGACGAGGAAGAUGAUAGUCUUAAAGCUGAAUACAGUGCAAAUGUUAAGAAACAUCCAAAACAUUUUUUAACCCCCAUGGCCUCUAUUGAAAGUGAUGAUAGCGAUUAUAUAUACGAAGCAGCUUUAGAAUUUUCACAAGCUGUACAAGCAGAGGCAAAUUUGGAAUAUACGGAAGCUCAUACACGCUACAAACGUGGUGUUGAUAUACUUUUAUAUGGUUCUAAAGAUGACAAUAGCGAGGAGAGAAAAUUUAUAGCAAAAGCUAAAAUAACCAAAUAUUUGGCCAGAGCUGAAGAUAUACAUGAACGUUUUUUGAAAAAUUCUCAUAGAUCAUUAACUGCUUCCCCUAAAAAUAAUUUCCAAUUGUCUAUAGAUGUCUCCGGUAAUACAGCUUCCGAUUCCUCUGGUCUAUAUUUGGAGAGGCCUUGGAAUCAUAUGGCUAAAUAUAAAGUCAAUCGUUUGCUGGGCAAUAAAGUUUUGCAUGUCACCUGUAUAACAGAGCAUUUAAAACCCUCCUAUGUUAUGAAGGGCAUUGAGAAACCUUCUAGCAAUUCACCCACACAAACUGUAUUUUUACCUCAACAUGUUCCCUAUAUGGUCGACUUAUUGGCCUUCUUUCAGUCAGAUCAAAAAAUUUUCCUUCUUCUCAAGCUGGCCUUGGGUGGUAAACUAUCGGAUUAUGUACAUUCCAUUAAUAAUUCGUUGCAGGCAACACAACUUUUAAACGAAAUGAAUGUGAGUGGCCAAUGCCGCAAUAAGCCCUUAGAAGUCAACGAUUUGCUCACCAAUUCUAAACAAUUAUUACAAUCAGUAUCGAAUACUUUACAAGUCGUUAAAGAUUUGGAAUCUCCUCCAUACAAAUCACCACGUCGCAGUCCACGUAAGUUGCCAUCGUUUCAUUCGAAAAUUCCUGAAAAUCAAAUUAAAAUGUGGUCACAACAAUUAUUGGUUGCUAUACAUGCUUUACAUGAAAAAAGUGUUAUAUUAAGUGAUCUACACAUGGACAAUUUAUUAUUAAACGAAAAUGGUCAAUUACUUUUAACAUAUUUCUAUCAAAAUGAAGGUGUCUCUUCCGACAGUUGCAUACACAAAGCCCUAAGUCCAAAAGCUUUGGAUGAACAUUUUGUUGCUCCAGAACGUCCCUUAACAUUACGUUCAGAUUGGUGGAGUUAUGGUGUUAUAUUAUAUGAAUUAUUUUUGGGUUUGCCAUUUAAAGCAGCUCAUCCGGGACAAAUUGAUUUAUAUGGUUUUGUACAAUAUCCCGAAAAUGCUGAAAUAACUGAUGCUGCCAAAGAUUUAUUGGAAAAACUACUACAACAAGCACCCGAGGAACGUCUUGAUUAUGAGAAAAUUAAAAAACAUCGUUAUUUUGAAGGUACCAACUGGGAGGAGGUGAAACAAAAUGGUUACAAUAAUUUUACACAAAAGUGAAAUUUUUAUAAAGAUUAUAAAGUUUUUUACACAACAGACAACCAGUGAUAAUUUUAAGUGGAAUGAUAACUCAAGGAACUAAAUGAAACGGUUUGCUAAAAAUUUUAAAUAUAAAAUAAAUAAUAAACGUAAUUAGUAAA